UCUCCCUCUCCUGUCUUCUCCCGUUGCUACUUCUUCUGUCUUCAAGCAUUGGAUCGAAAUGGCCAAUGAGAUGGCAGCUUUCUUCCGUUCUGCUCUGCCGCCGGCGUCUCCGGCUCCGUUCGAGGAGGAGGAGGUUGAGGACGGCGGCGCCGAUCACGGACACGGCGGCGGCGGCGGGCAGGGGAAGCUCUGCGCGAGGGGCCACUGGCGGCCCUCCGAGGACGCCAAGCUCAAGGAGCUCGUGGCGCAGCACGGCCCCCAGAACUGGAACCUCAUCGCCGAGAAGCUCGACGGCAGAUCAGGGAAGAGCUGCCGGCUGCGGUGGUUCAACCAGCUGGACCCGCGCAUCAACCGCCGGGCCUUCUCGGAGGAGGAGGAGGAGCGGCUUCUGGCGGCGCACCGCGCCUACGGCAACAAGUGGGCGCUCAUCGCCCGCCUCUUCCCCGGCCGCACCGACAACGCCGUCAAGAACCACUGGCACGUCCUCGCGGCGCGCAGGCAGCGCGAGCAGUCCGGCACGCUCCGCCGCCGCAAGCUAUCCUCGUCGCCGGCCCAGCCGCACGUCGUCGCGCCAGCAGCGGCCGCCGUCCACUCACCCCGCGUGCACGGGAAGCAUCACAGCGGCGGCGAGUCCGAGGAGGAGUCCGCCGCGUCCUGCACCACCGACCUCUCCCCCAGCUCCGCCGGCGCGGCCGCCGGCGUCCCCUUCUUCAGCCAGAGCUACGGCAUGGUCCCGCGCGCCGCCGCCCCGGCGUCGGCCGCGUUCGCGCACAGCGCGCGCUCCGCCUUCUCCGCGCCGUCGCCGGCGCGACACCGGGCGGUCGCCUCCGACGAGGCCGCCCUGCCUUUCUUCGACUUCCUCGGUGUCGGCACGACAUGA